AUGCUCCAAAAUGCUGGGCCGUUACGGAAAGAUGGCAGUGACAAGUUCUUUGGCAUGGAGAAUUUCGGAAACACAUGUUAUUGCAACUCGAUUGUUCAGGCGCUCUACUACUCCGAGCCGUUCAGGGAUAGCGUCGUCAAUUAUCCCCCCUUCUCCCCCUCAGACACACCAAAUGGGCAACGCUCAAAGGUCCCUGUCCAAAUCCGACCGCCGAUGAACGGCAACACGCCUUCUCCACAGAAGCAAAAGGGCAUCACUGCUAAGGAAGCUAUGGCGCAGCGGAAGGCAAUCAACCAAGGUCAGGUGCCCCCUGGUCAGCAAAGGCCCGAAGACAAGCCCGACUCCCCAGAGUACAAGAAGAAACAGGCCAUGAUCAAGGGCCCUGUCUUGGAAUUGGCGCAAGAGAAUGCCGGUGCGUAUGGCAUGGAUGAAUGCACAUUCACUGGGCUCAAGGAUAUCUUCAUGGCCCUCAUCGAAAGCUCAACCCGGACAGGGGUUUUGAGCCCUCAACGAUUCCUGGAGAUUUUCAAGCGCGACAACGAAAUGUUUCGAAAUUCGAUGCACCAGGAUGCUCAUGAAUUCUAUGGAUUGGUUCUGAACGACGUCAUUUCUAACGUAGAGACGAACGCUCGACGAGUGCGAGAGCGCGAGGAGAUUCGAGCCAAAGACGGGCUGGCGGAAUCAGUGGAAAAUGCCCUUGGUGCCUCUGCAGCUGUCAUCAAAUCGCAACAGGCAUCAGGCACCAGGUCUCCAGGGACUGGUUGGGUUCACGAUAUCUUCGAGGGUGUGCUAACAUCGGAAACGAAAUGCCUCACAUGCGAGACGGCGUCACAAAGAGAUGAGACGUUCUUAGAUCUUUCAAUCGAUCUUGAGGAACACUCUUCGGUAACAUCCUGUCUGCGGAAAUUCUCAGCCGAGGAGAUGCUUUGCGAGAGAAACAAGUUCCAUUGCGAUCGCUGCGGUGGUCUCCAAGAAGCAGAAAAGAGAAUGAAGAUCAAGAGAUUGCCGAAGGUCCUCGCUCUGCACCUGAAGCGCUUCAAGUACACCGAGGAUUACAGUCGACUACAGAAAUUAUUCCAUCGUGUUGUGUACCCGUACCAUCUACGCAUGUUUAACACAACCGAUGACGCCGAUGAUCCGGAUCGGUUAUACGAGCUGUACGCCGUUGUCGUCCAUAUCGGUGGAAACGCAUACCACGGCCAUUAUGUGUCCGUUAUCAAAACUGCUGAUCGAGGUUGGCUGUUAUUCGAUGAUGAGAUGGUCGAGCCAGUUGAUAAGCACUUUGUGCGAAACUUCUUUGGGGAGAAGCCGGGCAUGGCUUGUGCCUAUGUGCUAUUCUACCAAGAGACAACAUUUGAGAAGGUCGUUGCCGAACAAGAGGCAGAGGGCCUUGAGGAGGUGAGAUUAGUCAGUGAGAAGGCCGAUAUUGCUCUAGGCAAUGUCCAUGCCAACGGUUCUGCACCAUUGUCCAAGCAUAUGACUGUGCAGCCAAUCUCUCCUGUCGACGAGCAUGAGCCUCUCGCAACCCUCAAUCACGCACAAACAGCACCAGACAUCACUAUUCCUCCAGCUGUAGCUCCAGUUGCAGCACCGGCCCCUCAACCAGAGCCCUACUCUCAUCCCUUGAGAGCUGCGCCUCCUCCAGCACCAGCAGUGGUUACAAAGGCCGACCAGCCUCCCAAACCGUCAAAAGAAGACAAGGAACGAGAAAAGAAGGAGGCUAAGGCCAUGGAAAAGGCCCGCAAGGUUGCGGAGAAGGAGCAAGCCAAAGAAGACGAGAGGAAGAGAAAAGAACGCGAGGUCAGGCUCAGGGAUGCCCGAAGGAAUGAGGCAGAAGAGUUACGAAAAGCAUUAGCAGCCAGCAAGGCAUCGGCCGUCGAAGACGACGAGAAGAGGAAGAAGGAGGAGCCUGCCGCUGCCAAUACGGGCUUCUUGAACCGCUCGAAUCGGGGGAGCAAGUCCCUGUCCCGGAAGAGCUUUGGCUUCCUCGGCAAGGACAAACCGGAGAAGCUACCGGAGGGCGUCGCCGUCGAGAAUGGACACAGUGCCGAAGGGCGGCCGUCACAUAGCCAAGAGAAGCCCUUAAAGGAGCGGUUCAGCUUCGGCCUAGGGAGGAAGAAGAGCAACAAUGUCCUCUCGUAG